AUGUCCUCUCGAUCUGCAUUACCGUCUGGAAACGACAGGAGUACUGGAGACCAUCAUGUGUCGCUGGGGGCCAGCCGCUCAGACAAGGCCACCAGCCAGUCCAGCCGCUCGCUGGGUGCCCGGUGCAGGAACUCCAUCGCCUCCUGCUCCGACGAGCAGCCGCACAUUGGCAACUACCGCCUGCUCAAGACCAUCGGCAAGGGAAACUUUGCCAAGGUCAAGCUGGCCCGCCACAUCCUGACGGGAAAGGAGGUUGCAAUAAAAAUAAUUGACAAAACUCAGUUGAACCCAACCAGCCUACAAAAGCUCUUUCGGGAGGUACGAAUAAUGAAAGGCUUAAAUCACCCUAACAUAGUACAGCUGUUCGAGGUGAUUGAGACGGAUAAGACCCUUUACCUAAUCAUGGAGUAUGCCAGUGGAGGUGAAGUGUUUGACUACCUCGUGUCUCAUGGGAGAAUGAAGGAGGUUGAAGCCAGAGCCAAAUUUCGACAGAUUGUUUCCGCUGUCCACUACUGCCACACGAAGAACAUUGUCCACAGAGAUUUGAAGGCGGAGAACCUUCUGCUGGAUGCCGACGCCAACAUCAAGAUUGCCGACUUCGGCUUCAGCAAUGAGUUCACGCUGGGUAACAAGCUGGACACGUUCUGUGGCUCGCCACCCUAUGCUGCCCCCGAGCUUUUCCAGGGCAAGAAGUAUGAUGGGCCUGAGGUGGACGUCUGGAGUCUCGGAGUCAUCCUCUACACGCUGGUCAGCGGCUCGCUGCCCUUUGAUGGGCAGAACCUGAAGGAGCUGAGGGAGCGCGUGCUGAGGGGAAAGUACCGCGUGCCCUUCUAUAUGUCCACAGACUGUGAGGGGAUCCUUCGCCGAUUCCUGGUGCUCAAUCCCUCCAAACGGUGCACCCUGGAGCAAGUCAUGAAGGACAAGUGGAUAAAUUCAGGGUAUGACGGGGAGGAUCUGAAGCCCCAUAUAGAACCUGUUGAAGACUAUAGUGAUCCAGCUCGCAUAGAGGUGAUGGUGGGGAUGGGCUUCACUCCAGAGGAAAUCAAAGACUCUCUGCUCAAUCAGAAAUACAAUGAGGUCACCGCCACCUACUUACUGCUGGGCCGCAAAGGCGACGAUGGCAGUGAGGCUCGCACAGCUAGUAGCCUGUCCCUGGCGAGGGUACGACCUAGCCCCAUCACCAACGGGACCAACAAGCACUCCUCAGCCACUGGCUCCUCCUCCUCCUCCACUUCCUCCUCGCAUAGCAAGACCCAGCGCAGUGCCUCCACCUACCACAGGCAGCGACGACACAGCGACUUCUGCGGGCCUUCCAUGCCCGUCAUGCACCCCAAACGGAGCCCGACCAGCACAGGCGACCGGGAGUUGCGGGAGGGACGAAUGCCUUCACGUAAGGCCAGUUGCAGCGUGAUGGGAAGCCAUAGCCUCCCUCCCUCCAGCCCAAUGGUUAGCAGUGCCAACAACCCCAACAAGUCCGAGAUCCCAGACCGCCGCAAAGACAUGACAGCCACCACGAAUAACAUCCCUGGAAGUGCCAUGACACGCCGGAAUACAUAUGUGUGCACGGAUCGCACGGGCGCUGACAGGCACUCUCUUCUGCAGAACGGCAAAGAUAACAGCUCUCUGAGCCACCGCUUGCCUGCAGCGUCUCCCUCCACGCUCAGCAUCUCUGGGGCCGGAGCUGCCUCCUCCUCUUCCUCUUCGGACCGAUGCCGCCUGACCCGAGGCUCCACAAUCCGCAGCACCUUUCACGGGGGACAGCUGAGGGACCGUGGCCCCCCGGUUUACUCCGCUCCGCCCACUUCACCCACCCUGUCUCAUCAUGACGCCAGCCCGCUGCCCCACGCCCGCACCAGGGCGACCUCCAACCUCUUCACCAAGCUGACCUCCAAACUCACUCGCAGGGUCAACCUUGACCCGUCCAAGCGCCAGGGCUCAAACAAAUCAGUCUCGGGUUGUACUCUUCCACAAGGAUCAAAAACAGUUAGGUCACAAAUGAAUCUGAGGGAAUCAGGAGAUUUGCGGUCACAAGUUGCCAUCUACCUGGGUAUCAAAAAGCGUCCGAGCCCCGGGCCGUCGGACGUGGCUGGGAUCUGA